AUGGCCUGGAUGACCCUUUUGUCGACGGUCUUCGACACCGAGUGGGACCACAACAAGCACGACCGACAAGUCCCGGCGUUCGACAAGUCCCGGCGUUCGACAAGCCCGGUGAAAACCACCAACAGUCUCGACCGACUCAAAAAGCCCAUUCGAAUUCCCGCCCUAGCAGAGAACGCGAGCAAACAACUGCCUGCCGACAUACAAAUGCUGUACCGAAGCAUUUACAAUAUCACCGUCAACCACCAGCACUUCAUGCCUCCCACGAUUCGCGAGGAUAUCGAGUGUGUCGCAAAGCGCAGGCUACCAGAUCAUUGGUUCCAGGAUAUGACAUGGGAAGAGAAGAAGAGCAUGCAGACUCACCGCGGUGGUGACGAAGACAACGAGAAUGACAAUGACGGUGACGAUGGCGAUGCGCCAAAUCUUCCCUCAUAUGAAGAACGUCGUCAGCAGAGACAAGACGCCACCCUGCCUUUCUUGGUACACAUCGCCGAACUUGACGCCCUUGUCCACCUCAAAACCGUCGCUGACAACUGCAGACGGCUGAACCGGCACGAAUCCGCAUGGAACGUCCUCGUCCACGGCCCGCUCUUCCAGCUAGCCCUCCCAUCCCACAUCAAGAUCGAGCCUGUAACCUCCGUGUCCGUCUCCAAGGCCAUCAUCCCCUUGUGGCGGCAGCGCACCAAGGAAGUCCUAGCGGCCGACUCCAAGCGCGUCGACUUCGCCUUCACGCUGACCCCGCGCGACGACGUGGAGGCCGCGAUCCGCGCCGCUGUCACGGGCCACCCGCCUGGGAUGGACAUGGUUAACUAG